ACAUAGUUAUAGUGCAAGUGGCGGCAACGACGUCGUGGUUGAAUUUAUAGACAACAUCGAGAAUAUUAAACACAUAAAGAAAAUUUAAGAAAAUGUCCGGCAGAGGUAGUUUAUUGUCGUUAUUUAAGAAAAAGAUUGAGCCUUCUGAGGUUUCUUCGUCGAGUGGAGAAUUGGCCAAAGACAGCGGCGUGGAUGCUGAUCAAACAGUUUCAAGCGCCGAGUAUCGUCGUGUUGCACGAGAUAAUAAUGCAAGUGAGCUGGAGUCCUCCUUACAAAAUGUCAGUAUUUCGAUUGGGCGGGGCCACGGACGUGGACGUGGACAAUUCCUGGAGUCAUUCAAGACCCGUUCACAACCACUAUCGGCAACAGGAUCUACAGAUAGUUUUCCCAGCGAUUUGUCAUCAAGCAACUUGAACACUCCAACUGACAAUAAAAAUGUAUCAGAGAACAUCAAUCCAAAUGUUCCCGUAAAGGAGUUAUUUUUGCCAGAGAAUGUUUAUGGCUCCAAUGGUACUCAGGCUAAUUUGUCAAGUAACUAUAUAGGACUAAGUUCUGACCCCAGUAAGGGAGUUUACUUUUAUGAAGUACGAUUUAAUCCUUCCGUUGAUUCGGUACAUUUACGAAUGAAAUACUUGAGCGAACACAGAGAUAAGUUUGGAGGAGUUAAAACCUUUGAUGGAACCAUUUUGUACUUACCAAUAUUGUUAAAAGAGAAUUUGACAACUUUUGUUUCGAAAACUGCUGAUAAUACUGAUAUCGAAGUGCGAUUGCUAUUUAAAAAAAAAGAACCUCUAAAGAACUGCAUCCAACUGUACAAUGUUCUAUUUGAUCGUGUUAUGAAAACCUUGAAUUAUGUCAGAUUCGAUAGGAAGCACUUUGAUCCCACGCAACCAAAGAUUAUACCGUCUGCAAAGUUAGAAGUUUGGCCAGGAUACGUUACGGCUGUCGAUGAAUACGACGGAGGUUUGAUGCUUUGCUGUGAUGUAUCACAUCGAUUGCUUUGUCAAAAAACCGUAUUAGAUAUGCUUACAGAGAUUUGUCAACACAACAGAAGUAACUACCAAGAUGUAGCCAAAAAAUACUUAUUGGGCAGUGUUAUUAUAACACGAUACAAUAAUCGCACAUAUAAAAUUGACGACAUUUGUUUUUCCGAGAAUCCACAAUCACGAUUUGAAACACGAACUGGAUCACUGAGUUAUCUGGAAUAUUAUAGAACACAUCACAACAUAAAUAUUAAAGAUGACAGACAGCCGUUGCUUAUUAGCAUAAAACAACAGCGUAAAAAUGAGACCUUGACCAAGGAAGAGGAAAUACGUUAUUGCCUUAUUCCGGAACUUUGCUACCUCACCGGACUACAUGAUGAGACUCGAGCUGACCAAAAAAUAAUGCGUGAGAUUGCAACAUUCACUAGAGUUUCGCCAAAUCAACGUCUGCAAGCUCUUGAUAAGUUUAUAAAAAAUGUUAAUCAAAACGCUGAAGCAAAGCAAAUUCUUGCAAAUUGGGGAUUAUCGCUCGCCAAAAAUACCAUCAAUGUGAUGGGGCGAAAAAUAAAUCAAGAGCAAAUUUAUUUUGCAAAUAAAAGCGUAUCAGCUGGACCAAAUGCUGAUUUCUCAAGAGAUGCAACAAACAAUGAACUUCUUGAAGUCGUUAAUUUAAAUAACUGGAUUUUAAUUCAUACACGAACGGAUUUACGCACUUGUAAAGCCUUUAUAACCAACAUGGAGCGAUGCUGUGAGGCUUUUGGCAUGAAAUUAGCUAAGCCAAAAAUAUUGACAUUAGAUCAGGAUCGUGUGGACUCCUAUGUGGAUGCACUGCGCCGUAAUAUUUGUGAACAAACCCAAAUAGUUGUUUGCAUUUGCCCAACUAGUCGCGACGACAGAUACUCUGCCAUUAAGAAGAUUUGCUGUGCAGAAAUACCUGUCGCAUCACAGGUUAUAAAUUCAAGAACCUUAUUCAACGAACAAAGGAAUCGGUCAAUUGUUCAAAAAAUCAUCUUACAAAUGAAUUGCAAAUUGGGAGGAUCAUUGUGGUCGGUGAAAAUUCCAUUUAAGAAUGUUAUGAUUUGUGGAAUAGAUUCUUAUCAUGAUCCCAAGCAAAAAAGCAACUCUGUCGCUGCAUUUGUAGCUUCAUUAAACUCAUCAUAUACGCAUUGGUAUAGCAAGGCGGUAAUGCAGACCAAAAAAGAAGAGCUAGUUAACGGACUGACUUCGUCAUUUGAAAUGGCCCUCAAGUGCUAUAAAAAGAGAAAUGGUCACUUACCGGACAGUGUAAUAAUUUACAGAGAUGGCGUUGGAGAUGGACAACUUAACUUAUGCUCAAAAUACGAAAUUCCCCAGUUUGAGGCCGUAUGCGGCAAAGCCGUAAAAAUUACGUUUAUUGUAGUUCAAAAACGUAUAAAUACCCGAUUCUUCGCGCAAAGUGGCAGGGAUUAUUCAAAUCCACUGCCGGGAACUGUGAUUGACCGAUGCAUUACUAGAGCUAAUAUGUACGAUUUCUUUUUGGUUGCUCAAAUGGUUCGCCAAGGAACUGUGAGCCCAACACAUUUUGUGGUUCUUCAGGAUGAUUCGAAUUAUGGUCCUGAUAUCAUACAGAGAUUAACAUAUAAAUUAUGUUUUCUGUAUUAUAAUUGGCCAGGAACUGUUCGAGUUCCAGCCUGCUGUUUGUAUGCUCAUAAGAUGGCUUACUUGAUUGGCCAAAGCAUUCAGCGCGAUACUUCAAGCAACUUGUCGGAAAGAUUAUUUUAUCUAUAAACACAAUUGGAUUAAUUAAUUUUGUUGUUAUUUUCUUCUACAUUAUCGAACAACUUAUAACUUUGGAGGUCACACUGUCUUUAACUUUUAUUAUUUUGACAUUUAUUGAAGAACAAAAACAUUUGAUUUUC